ACCAUGCAUUACGCCAUCCUCCGCUAGCCUACGUUUUUAUUGUAUUUUAUUUUUUUUAGGGGGGGGGGGGGCUGACAGUGGUUGCAUGCUCUGCCCAGUCAGAUUUUUUGCAACUGGGACUGGUGGGAGGACGUCGGCACUGACUGCAGCACAUUGCGAUGCAGAGAGCGAGAUUAAACAUGCGAUGCCUGUAUGAGAUGCACGCCUGAAGCCCGCAGCAGCAGCAGCAGCAGCCUCCAGUGCGGACAGAGUGCAGGGAGGUGCUGGUGGAGUUUAUGCGCACACCUCUGGAAGCUGCUACCAAAGAGGGCCGAAGUGUCUCUGCAGCGCCGCAGCUUUUCAGAGGGAUACCGUCUCGAUACGUGACUCCAAGCCCAAAGCUGCCCUGGCUCGGGAUCUGAGAGGGAGAGAGGGAGGGGGGCCCUAGCGCGGCACCCCGCCCGCCUCUCCUCAUUUGGACUGCAGGGAUAACGACCUAAACCGUGAUAUCCCCGUGCAGAGACCACUGAGUAAGUGCUGGUGCCAACGCUGCCAUCGCCCGUACACCGUUUUCUUCCAUCCUGCACCCCUGCGCCAAAGAUUCCCAUUGCCUUUGGAUAACUUGAAAUAAGAGGGGCGAACACGGCGACUGUUGUAGGAUAGUUCUACUUCGACAGGCCUGUUAUGAUGCAAGGACCAAAAGUUUCGAUGAUGUGAGCUUCUGUGGAGAGGGAAUCACGCCAUUUCUAAGGCUCCCACAUGUUUCCAGUUGCGACAAACCAACUCUCGCUGUUCAAACAUGAGGAUUUAAGUUGAGUCAACAGGGAAAAUGCAUCAAAUUUGCCAUCACUUUGACGACCAGCCCAACUGAUAAGAAGCUCCUUCUCAUCAUCUCCUCGUUGUUUCUUUACCGAUCGUACAACAUGCGUCCUUCCCUCGCCACGGCAGUCCUACCUCCCAGGACCCGUUCCCACAAUCCACCCAACCUCGCAGUGGGGGGCCGUGAACACUUGUCGGCUCCACGCAGGCGCAGCCCCCACCUCCGGCACACACUCAGCCCGGAGAAUCUGCGAACCCUGGCGGAGAGAGGCGGGGCUGCCGUGGAUACCGUCUCUGUUGUCAGCAGUCCUAUCGGGCUUCCGCGGGCUAACAGUGACACAGAUCUGGUGACCUCUCAGAGCCGGUCCUCACUAACGGCGUCCACUUUGGAGUACACGCUGAACCGUGGCCAGAACCUCGUCAUCUCUUGGGAUAUCAAGGAGGAAGUGGAUGCUACCGACUGGAUUGGGCUGUACCACAUUGAUGAAACCAAUCCGUCCAAUGUGUGGGACUGUAAGAACCGAGGGGUGAAUGGCACCCAGAAGGGUCAGAUUGUUUGGAGACUGGAGCCUGGGCCCUACUUUAUGGAGCCUGAGACCAAGAUCUGUUUCAAGUACUACCAUGGAGUGAGCGGCGCCCUGAGAGCCACGACCCCCUGUAUCACCGUGAAGAAUCCAGCAGUCCUGGUGGAGGGGCUGGCAGAGCAGGUGGGCAUUGAACAUCCACGAAAACUGAUAAGCUUUACUUUGACAGAUCUACGCGCCACUGGCCUGAAGAAGGGCAUGUUUUUCAAUCCGGACCCGUACCUGAAGAUGUCCAUCCACCCGGGGAAGAGAAGCGUCUUCCCCAUUUUCAGCCACCACGGACAAGAACGCCGAUCAGCCAUCAUCGCUAACACCACCAACCCCGUCUGGCACGGAGAGAAAUACACGUUUGUAGCUCUAAUGACAGACAUCCUGUACAUCGAAGUAAAGGACAAGUUUGCGAAAAGUCGACCGAUCAUCAAACGCUUCCUUGGUCAGCUCACUAUCCCUGUGCAGAGGCUUAUUGAAAAAAUACCCGGAGUCCAGCCUGUGAGUUUCUCCCUGUGUCGGCGCCUACCCACUGAACAUGUAAGCGGCCAGUUGCAGUUUAAAGUGGAGCUCACCUCGACUGGGCCUGAUGGGGCCUCUCCCGAGUCUAUCAUUGGCAUGUCAUCAUUGAAUGGAGCUCCAGGGACUCCAUCCGAUGAUGAGGACCUGCCCCAUCAUCUUCCGGGAGUGAUCUCGGCAGGCCCUUCUCCUACCGGCUCCCAGGGCUCCCAAAACAUGUGGGAAGGUGGGGCCACAGCCUUCCCAGAAAAGGAGCUGCCUGUUGUUGGAGCCCAGGGUAGAUUUGUGGAGCCCGAAAGCUUGUCAAGCCAUGAAAUGCUCCAGAGGUCACUCAUUGAAGGCCUGGAUGCUAUUGAGGCCCCCAAAGGCCCUGGUGAAAGACCCCUGGGUGCGGCCUCACCUAAACUGCGUUCUAGCUUCCCCACACACACAAGGCUCAGUGCCAUGUUGCACAUUGAUUCAGACGAGGACGAGGAGAGAUCCGGGGCCAAUGACAUCACUCCGGUGCCGCUGUCACCGCUGCUGAUGAAUGGAGAACCUCCAGAUGUCAGCUGCCCCGAUGAAGACGACCCUUUUCCUGAGCUCCAGCAGGAGCCUGAGCAGCUGGAGCCCUCUGUGGCGGAGGAGUCGCCCGAGGGUGCAGGUGGUGCGACAGACGAUGUGCCCCCUGAUGCAGAGAUGGCCCUAGAAAUGGGGGCAAGUCUGGACAUGGAGGAUGUUUUGGAGCCAGACGUCUUCUCUGAAGUGGAGGAGGCUCCUUUCACAGAGGCUGUGUCCCAUAACACUAUGCCAGAGGGUGAAGUGCAUGAGGAAGAAAGGGGCCUAGGUGAGGACCCCUCCUCAGAGAUUGACACCUGCUCCAUGGCAACAGCCCCACAGACAGUAUUCUCGUCAUCAGAGAGCUGUCCAAUAACGUUGACUACUGCUGUGGAAGCAGAGGAGGGAGCAGAGACGGCCAUAGAUCCUGGGGGAGAUGUGGUUUCCCGCACCCCACCGACAAAUCAAGCUGUAGACGAUGAAGGGGGUGGGCAAGCCGUUAUUACUGAGGCAGAAGGAGGAGUUCCCCCAGCCGGCGUGCAAGAGGGGAUCAGUGUGAGGAGGCUGAGCCUGCAGGCUGCGGGGGGCGUGGCUGAAGAACAGGAAGGGGAGGGGACAAAGCCACACAAGGAGGCUGAUUCUGUUGAUUCAGACCAAGUCACCACAGAAACAGAUGGAGAGGAAGGUACUCACGUCAAUGGCCAUCCUGUGCGUUCACUUCCUUCUGUGCGUCAUGACAUCCACAGAUACCAACGUGUGGACGAACCUCUACCUCCCAACUGGGAGGCCCGGAUCGACAGCCACGGGAGGAUCUUCUUUGUGGACCAUGUGAACAGAACCACCACAUGGCAGCGUCCUACUGGACCUCCUGCCCCGCAGGGCCUGACCCGUUCCAACUCCAUUCAGCAGAUGGAGCAACUCAACCGCAGGUAUCAAAGCAUCAGGAGGACCAUAACCAACACUGAUCGGUCAGAGGAAGCCUCUGUUGACCUGCUUCCUGAACCAGAAAGUGACCUGAUGCCUCACAACAUUUCUGAAUACCGACGAGAAAGUGCAGUCGUUCACUCCAGUGGUCGCUCGCGUCUCUCCCUGCUGCUGCAGUCACCCAGCGCCAAGUUCCUGUGCAGCCCAGACUUCUUCACCGUGCUGCAUUCUAACCCUAGUGCCUACCGCAUGUUUACAAGCAACACCUGUCUGAAGCACAUGAUCAGUAAGGUGCGUCGGGACGCUCAUUACUUUGAGCGCUACCAGCAUAACCGCGACCUCGUCACCUUCCUCAACAUGUUCUCCAACAAGCAGCUGGAGCUUCCCCGGGGCUGGGAGAUGAAGCAUGACCAUACUGGGAAGCCCUUCUUUGUUGACCACAACUGUCGCUCCACGACCUUCAUUGACCCACGGCUGCCCCUCCAGAGUUCUCGCUCCACCGGGCUACUGGCCCACCGCCAGCACCUGAGCCGCCAACGCAGCCACAGUGCUGGGGAGUGCUUCCUUUUUUCACAGGUAGUAGAUGACUCUCGCCAAACCAACCCGCCCGUGAUGCCACGCCCUUCCAGCACCUUCAGCGGCUCCAGUCGAAGUCAGUACCAAGAUGUGGUGCCUGUGGCCUACAAUGACAAGAUCGUGGCGUUUCUACGGCAACCCAACAUCUUUGAGAUCCUGCAGGAAAGGCAACCCGAGCUCGCCAGAAACCACUCGCUCAAGGAGAAGGUGCAGUUUAUACGCAGUGAGGGUGUCAGUGGGCUGGCUCGUCUCUCUAGCGACGCUGACCUCGUCAUGCUGCUGAGCUUAUUUGAGGAGGAGGUGAUGUCAUAUGUACCACCAUUACUCCACCAAACUUACUGCCUCUCGUCUCCUCAGAGCUCCCCUGGCACCCAGCGAGCCAAUGCCCGCGCUCCUGCUCCCUAUAAGCGAGAUUUUGAGGCUAAAUUGAGGAACUUUUAUCGAAAGCUGGAGACCAAGGGUUAUGGACAGGGACCAGGAAAAGUCAAGCUCAUCAUACGCAGGGACCACCUUCUGGAGGACGCCUUUAACCAAAUCAUGUGUUACUCCCGUAAAGACCUACAGAGGAGUAAACUUUACGUCAGCUUUGUGGGCGAGGACGGGUUGGACUACAGUGGGCCAUCCAGAGAGUUUUUCUUCCUGGUGUCCAGAGAACUGUUCAACCCAUACUACGGCCUGUUUGAAUAUUCAGCCAAUGACACAUAUACUGUCCAGAUCAGCCCCAUGUCUGCCUUUGUAGACAACCACCAUGAAUGGUUUCGCUUCAGUGGGCGUAUCCUCGGCCUGGCUCUUGUCCAUCAGUACCUGCUGGAUGCCUUCUUUACCCGACCCUUCUACAAGGGGCUUCUUCGUAUCCCAUGUGACCUGAGUGACCUGGAGUUCCUAGAUGAGGAGUUCCACCAGAGCCUGCAGUGGAUGAAAGACAACGACAUCGAAGACAUGCUGGACCUCACUUUCACUGUCAAUGAGGAGGUCUUUGGACAGAUUACAGAGAGAGAGCUGAAGCCAGGCGGGGCUGGUAUCCCUGUGUCUGAGAAAAACAAGAAGGAGUACAUUGAGCGUAUGGUCAAGUGGCGUAUAGAGAGAGGAGUAGCCCAGCAGACGGAGAGCCUGGUCCGAGGCUUCUAUGAGGUGGUGGAUGUGCGACUGGUGUCUGUGUUUGAUGCCAGGGAGCUGGAGCUGGUGAUUGCGGGCACCGCAGAGAUCGAUCUGUCAGACUGGAGAAACAACACAGAGUACAGAGGAGGUUACCAUGACAACCAUAUAGUGAUUCGCUGGUUCUGGGCAGCUGUAGAGAGGUUCAACAAUGAGCAGAGGCUAAGACUGCUGCAGUUUGUGACAGGCACUUCCAGUAUUCCCUACGAGGGAUUUGCCUCUCUACGGGGCAGUAAUGGACCCCGCAGAUUCUGUGUGGAGAAGUGGGGGAAAAUCACUUCCUUACCCAGGGCUCACACUUGCUUUAAUCGUCUGGACCUCCCACCUUACCCCUCCUUCUCCAUGCUUUACGAGAAGCUGGUCACUGCUGUGGAGGAAACGAGCACAUUCGGUUUGGAGUAACCUUAAAUCAGCUCACACCCAGGGUCAACUUGGGAGAGUGAACCAUCUGGAAAUCCGCCGUUCUCACUUAGGAGAGACAUGGAAUAUAAAACUAAUAUCCUCAAAAGGCAACUAACUUCCCCGUGGAUAACUCUGCUGUUUCACCGCCUGGCUUUUCGUCAUUCAGCACGCAGCCUCCGAUUCUCUGUCUUUCUCUUAUGUAUAACAGAAGUCUAUCAAGUGAACACCUUCUGGAAGAAAGGAAGAGAAUCGGAGAAUGGUUUGAAAAGCUGUACAAUUUCUUGUUUUCAUGGUAACCUUUGUUCAUUGAGCCACAUGUGUGCUUUAUCUCUUCAGUUAAUGGCCUUGUUUACUGGAAUUCUAGCACCUUCCGUCCUCCUUCUCCAACCUGCACCUCAGAGACAGCUGCUCAAAACCCACCCUCCCUUCCCCCUCUCUGGACCUCUAAACUGUGUCCUUUCUGCACUGGGACUGCAACGUUAUGAACUAUAACACACACACACACACACACACACACACACAUUAAUCACCUUUGCACAAAACACACACAACUGUGGGACAUUUAGUUUUUAUUAAUGGUACAAACCAGUGUUUCCUCCAAGAUUUUUUAUCAGCAUUGAAAGAUAAGAAAGACGUUUUAGACUUACAGUUGGAUGUUGGCUGGUCCUCCUUGCCUGUGAGAGAGCAAGGAUUACACUAAUGUGCACUAAUACACACACAAACAUACACAAAAUUGCAUAAACCCAGUUGUUCCAGUUCCGUAACUUAAAAAUACACUUGUUUUUACAGUUCUGAUUUCUGGUUACGCUAGACAAGGAGUCACAAAUCAUCAGUGACAUUUCCGGACAGUCUUAUUUGUGAUAGUGACAGCAGGUUCUGGUCAAGACUGUUACCUUCAAUACUGCGACACCAGAGCUCUUACUGUACAUGGGCACGAAAGGUAAAGACACAUCUGAGACAUGCAGUCCUGUUUCAGCAUAUAUUUAACAAGGACACUUACUAUCACACACACAAACACAUGCAUACAAUAUUACAGCCUUGAUGCUGCGGGUGCACUUUCUUACAGUGUAAUAGAUGCACUCCCUCCAGUAUACAGAUACAUUUAAUGACACACUUCAGUCAGAUAGAAGAGCAGGGUUUGUCUUUCAAACUGAUCAUAAGCAAUAGAUGUACUUUCUCACACAGACCAAUGAUGACAGAUGAUACACAAGGCCCGUCCCACUGAUGUAAUUGCCUCCCAUCCAAUGAAAGUGAUGAAUGUACCAAAUAAGUGACUGAAUGUAUGAACCUCCUCAAGCAACUUUGUCCAGCCCCCGAGGAGGAUUUCAAGCAGGCGGAAGAGGAAAACACAAAGUGGAAAGUUAGAAGUGGAGGGAAAGGAAAUCUUUUAGUGCCUCGUGGGUUUUCCUGACCACAAAGUGAAAUUUCAUAAGGGAAGCUAUUUUAUUUCCUUGUGAAGUUUGACCAGAUCUGUGUGUCUAAUAACAAAUCAAACAGGAGCUGUGGUUUAAAUUCCCAACACAGACAUCAACACAAGGGGGCGGUAAGGUGUCAUUACUAUGGCACCACCUAAACAAAGACCUGGUGUUGUCAAUAGCUUCUUCUUAAAAAGCAUGUGAUAAAACAUUUCUAUAAAUCUUAAGUGCACGACCCAAACCCUGAGGGCCCUUUUACUCAGUCUCUCACACACUUUCUUACAUGCACACAAACACACACAAACACAUACUCAUUUUCUAUGGGGUGCAUGCAAGAUUACACCUAUUGUACAGAGCCCUGUUGGAGUUAGACCACAGGGGCUGAAAUAGUGCUAGGGAGCCCCACGUGUGAUGCAAGAUGUGGCGGCAUCCUUUUGUAUCCCAGCCCCCCUCUCAGUCCAAUACUGCAUGCGGGAUCUUCCCGGUCAGCUCUGUGAGCUGCGCUGAGGCAGAAACCCCUAGAUGGCGUUGUGUUAUAGCUCGAUAUUGCAUGCUGAAAUAGUGCAACACUCUGUCCUUAAUAGCUUUUUUGCAUGAGGAUAUUGAUAUCCAUUCAGAAAAAGGGGUGAGGGAGCUGGUUAAGUUGUGUCACUUUGGUUGUGGCGCUUACUUGAGGCAUGCGGCCUUAUGCUCACCUGGCACUGUCAUACCUUGAGUGUUCAGCUCAUGGGAACAGGGUGUAGGAAAUAGGUGCUUUAGUCACUUAGUUUUAGCUCUGGGAAUGGACAAUGUGUGAAUGCAAUAGUUUGUUUUCUCUAUGACAGUGUAAUGGCGAGUAUCUCGGCAGCAUGUUUCAAAAAUGGUUGUUUCUUUCACAUGUGCGUGUCUGCCUAUCUUAGUAAUAGGUCAAAGGUGAUGCUUCAUUGCUCAUGAAUCAGUGAUGAAUCAAUAGGGCUGUUUUGAUUUUGUGAAACGUGAGAGCACAUGUACGUGUACCGUGUGUGGUCUUGUUUGUCUAUUUGUAUAUAAAUGUAUGUCUGUCCUGUGUGUAUAAAUACAUAUUUUGCACCGAAUGUACCAAAGGUUUGGGGCUUGCAAAGUCAAUCAUUAGGCCUGCUCUCUAUUUCUGUCUAACAAACACAUCCCACUCCUGGCGUCUGCCAAAUCCUUACAGAGCAUCACCCCAUGUUUGCUUGAAGGGCAGCUUCGUGGCAUGGGCAACAACACUUCACGUUAGGAUAUACAUUCACUUGGUCAGUUUGAAGUUUUCCAUAAUGAGGCUUUUCUGCUGCAGCAGACCGGCAAGGCAGAUGAAAACAGUUGCAUCUCUUGUCUUUCCUAGUACAUUUCUGACAAGACCCGGCUGCAGUUUUCAGAAUUCCACUCUAUGCAAAGCUCCUGUAUGUGUGUCUCCAUUUCACCCCAAUGAUUGUAAUAAAAGAGAACAAAUGGAACAUUUUGAUUAAUGAUACAUGACCCUUAUUUAUCUUGUACAAGACAGUAUUAGUGUGUUGGGAAACACCUAAUCAGCAAGUAGCCACUACCUCUUAUUGAUUAAACAAUCCUCUCAUAAUCCCCACAUUACCAGCCAAAUAUGUCAGAGAAAAGGAAAAGAAAAAUAGAAAAAGUGCAGCUAAAUAAUUUGUUUCACAAUGAUCAUGUGGAGAAAAUAUAUAUUUAAAAAAAAUCAAAUUGUAAAACUUUCCCUAUACAUACUUUAUACAUUUGUAAUUGCGUGGUGCUUUGAGAAGUUGCAGUCUUUUCGGGACAGAUGCGUAGGUCAGUGUGACGCUUCCAAUGCCCUCCAGAUGCUUUGCCAGAUGUUAAUAAAUGCAUGUGCACAAUGGA